GGGAUGGAGGCGGACGGGGACGGGGAGGAGCUGUCCCACCUGCGCUCGGUCUUCGCUGCCUGCGACGCGAACCGCUCGGGGCGCCUGGAGCGCGAGGAGUUCGGCGCGCUGUGUGCGGAGCUGCGCGUGCUGCCGGCCGACGCCGAGGCCGUGUUCCAGCGGCUAGACGCUGACCGCGACGGCGCCAUCACCUUCCAGGAGUUCGCGCGCGGCUUCCGUGGGUUCCACCGCGGGGGGCGGCGCCGAGGCUGGGCUCCCCGGGAGCCCGCGCCCGCCUCAGCCCAGGCGGGGCCCGACUCCGCGGACAGCGAAGAGGACGAGGGCGACGGGGACGCGCUGGCAGCCCCCUGGGGUCGGGCGAGCCCCGGCCAGGCUUGGCAGGACUUCCAGGCGCGACUUGGAGACGAGGCCAAAUUCAUCCCCAGAAAAGAGCAAGUUAGUACCUUGUAUCUAAACAUCAACCUUGUGGAGCCAAGACUAAUUCAGCCGUACGAACACAUUAUAAGGAACUUUAUCCACGAGAUCAAACUGCAGAGCACAGAAAUGGAAAACCUGGCCAUUGCGGUGAAGAGAGCCCAGGACAAGGCAGCCAUGCAGUUGAGUGAGCUGGAGGAGGAGAUGGAUCAGAGGAUUCAGGCAGCAGAACACAAGACGCGGAAAGAUGAAAAACGUAAGGCUGAGGAAGCCCUCAGUGACCUCAGACGUCAGUAUGAAACAGAAGUAGGGGAUCUACAGGUGACAAUAAAGAAACUCAAAAAGCUAGAAGAACAGUCGAAACACGUAAGUCAGAAAGAAGAUGUGGCUGCAUUAAAAAAGCAAAUUUAUGAUUUAUCAAUGGAAAAUCAGAAAGUUAAGAAAGAUCUUUUAGAAGCACAGACAAACAUAGCCUUUCUUCAGAGUGAAUUAGAUGCUUUGAAAAGUGAUUAUGCCGAUCAGACUCUGAAUUCAGAAAGGGAUCUGGAAAUAAUCCGAGAGUACACAGAAGAUCGAAAUAGUCUUGAGAGGCAAAUUGAAAUACUCCAAACAGCUAACCGGAAGUUACAUGACAGUAAUGACGGCCUUAGGAGUGCCCUUGAAAACAGUUACAGCAAGUUCAACAGAUCUUUGCGCAUAAAUAAUAUAUCACCAGGGAAUACAAUUUCUAGAAGCAGUCCCAAAUUUGAUGGUCAUUCUCCUCAUCCUCUGGGCUAUGACAGGUCAUCCCGCUCCUCCUAUGUGGAUGAGGACUGUGACUCGUUGGCCCUCUGUGACCCUAUGCAGAGGAUGAAUUGUGAGGUGGACAGCCUUCCCGAGAGCUGCUUCGACAGCGGCUUGUCUACGCUGAGAGACUCCAACGAGUACGACUCAGAGGUGGAAUACAAGCACCAGAGGGGACUUCAGAGGUCACACGGCACACAGGAGAGCCUUGGGGGCGAUGCUUCAGACAUAGACGUUCCUGAUCUAAGGGAUGAAGAGACGUUUGGUGCAGAUGGUGUGGCCGCCAUGUUAGACUGGAAACUCCAGGGGUCCACUAGUGAGGGCAGCAUUGUCAGUUCUUCAAGAAAGCCCAUCUCGGCUCUGUCACCACAGACAGACAUGGUGGAUGGCGACCCUAAAUCCUCCAGCUCACAGAAGGCUUACAAGAUUGUGCUCGCUGGGGAUGCUGCAGUGGGGAAGUCUAGUUUCCUCAUGAGACUCUGCAAGAAUGAAUUUCGAGGAAAUACCAGUGCCACCCUGGGAGUCGAUUUUCAGAUGAAAACUCUCAUUGUGGACGGAGAGCGAACAGUCCUGCAGCUCUGGGACACGGCGGGUCAGGAGAGAUUCAGAAGUAUCGCCAAGUCUUACUUCAGAAGAGCAGAUGGUGUUCUGCUACUGUAUGAUGUUACAUGCGAGAAAAGCUUUCUCAAUGUACGAGAAUGGGUGGACAUGAUUGAGGAUGCAACCCAGGAGAGUAUUCCUAUCAUGUUGGUAGGAAACAAGGCUGAUCUCCGUGAUGCUGCCACAGCAGAGGAACAGAAGUGUGUCCCAGGAUACUUGGGAGAAAAACUGGCCAUGACCUAUGGGGCAUUGUUCUGUGAAACCAGCGCCAAAGACGGCUCGAAUAUAGUGGAAGCUGUUCUCCAUCUUGCUCGGGAAGUGAAAAAAAGGACUGAUGAAGAUGACAGCAAAUCCAUUACCAAUCUGACCGGGACCAGUUCCAAAAAGUCAACCCAGAUGAAGAACUGUUGCAAUAGUUAAAUCCCAAACCUCCCUGGCCUGUCAGGUCUUCAGUCCGAGUACUGAGUGUCUGUGACUUGUUUGCUUCUCGCAGACGGGUGCAUCCUCCAGACACAGCCAGGUGGAAAGUUACAGUGUGGGAAUUUGAACUGUGCUCUUAGAUCCUUCUGGAGCCCCAGCUCUUUGCUCUGUUUCAGUGAACGAUUGAGGCCCCCUGGUUAAAAGUACUUGUCUUGUCCUUGCAGAGUCUCAAAAGAUAACAUGUAAAAAAAUGUUAAAAAAUCACAUGCUCAGAUCGAAGCUGUAGAAGAAACUCCCUGACAAAGAUUCACAUGGUAGCUGACUUUGUAGAUAACCUAGAACAUUUUUUUUCAAAUAUUUGAUACUAGAAUACUAGUAAAAGGGGAUUAUCAUGCUAGCUUUGCUGUUAACUAGCCUGUAGUCUCAGACCUGUUAGCAGCCCACGUUAGAUCUGUUUCCUCAUCUGCAAAACAAGCAGCUUGGCCUUGCAGGCCUUGGCCCCUCGGAUUCGGUGCACUGUACCGAGUGGGAAGGAGACCAUGAUGGCUCACAGUUAAUAAGGACUCUGGUUAGUCAUACUUUUUAAAUAUUGGGGUAUUG